GCUGACAACCUCUCAUUCCCGACAACCGCACACCCCACAUGUCACACAUCGACCCCAUUCCCUCUUCGCACACCCUUCCACCACUUCCAUUCCUGCUCUCUCCCCCUCCGAUAAGACCGAAAGGCGCAGCGAAAGAUGCCUAAUAACAACAACAACCGCUCACGGCCGGUGCAACGGCCUCUCGUUUUUGUUGUCCUUAGUGGUGGUCUGCUCCUCGCCGCAUCGACCCUUACUACGCGCAACGUCUCCACCUCCCCCAUGCAGCGUGUAGGCGCUGCAUCCCCCACCUGCUCGUCGCUGCAAGCUCCGGCGGCAGCGCCACCGAUUCUCACCAUAUCUCCCCACCACAGAGUCAAGACGGCCGAGACAGCUGCCGAACCUGGUCUUCUCGAGCCCACCGGCGUUCACCACCCGUUUUACAGCUUUUCUCCACUCACCGAAGCGCGGGCAUGGGCGGCGAGGGAAGGGCAGUACUUCAACGGCCUGAUCGAGGCCAACGGCGGCGCAUCGGUGUUUAAGGGGCAUCCGGGUCUUGCUGUCACGUUCUUGACAGAUCACGCCAGCUGUGAAUGGUUUCUCAGGCAGGGCCAAGAUGUCUUGGACCGGCAGGAUGGGGCGUACUUCGGCCCGAUCAAGUGCAAGAAGGAGUACAUCGGCGAGUCGCUGCCCACCCUCAUCACCAACCAGAAGGAGUCGCACCAAACCUUCCGCCAACAAGCACUCAGAGCUUUCCGAUCGAGGGUCCCCUUCGCGCAGUCGGCCAUGACCAAUGCUACCGACACCUUCUACAAGAAUCUCCGGGACAACGGCCUGGGCGACUACACCGUAGUUUAUGACUUCUUUCUGCAGCAGACGAUACACUUUUUGCACGAGUGGAUCUACGGCCUGGGGGUGGAGGGUGGUCAGCCCCUCCCGCCCUUCAAGGACUUCAUGAACGCUAACCCGCUCGACGUUUCCGUACUGCUUGAGCUCGAGAUGGACACCCCUGUUGCGAAUCUUGCGGCGAAGCUCGCCCAAAGGUCGAAGAGGCCCUCCGCCGAGCGCCUUGCCGCCGUGGAGUCCAUCGCCGAGGCCAUCCGCUCGUCCGACGUCUGGGCCGGCUUCUUGGAGAUGUUCGAGGGCUCCAACGUGAACACCAAGGAUCUGGAGCGAUCGUUCAUGUUCACCACCAACUUUCAGUCGGCGGGGGCGAUAGCCAAAGGCAUGAUGCCCGUUGUUGCCACCCUGACGAACAACCCGGAGUUCCUAGAGAAGCUGAGGAAGGAGGUCGACGGCAAGGAUUUGACGUUCCAGUCCAUCAGGGGCGCUGAAAACUUCCCGCUGCUUGACAGCUUCCACUGGGAGAUCAACCGGAUGUUCCCGGCCCCUGCGUUUACUGUGAAGGAAGCGAAGAUGGAUCUCGUCGUGCCCACCAGCUCCGGCAAGAAGUACCAGGUCAAGAAGGGCGAAUUGCUCAUGAUGGAACAGGCCCUUGGGCAGAUGGACCCGUCCGUGUUUGGCCCUGACGCCCGGGAGUUCAACCCCGAGCGCUUCGUGGACAACCCGGAGCUCAAGAAAAAGGUCUUCGCCUACGGAUACGUCGACCAUGACAAGGUAGAUGGCCAAUGGGGAUGCGCGGCGCACGCCGUAGGAAUGCUAGACGGCAUCCUCAAGAUCAUCUACGGAAGGUGGGUGCAGGAGGCCGAGUGGGAGCUGACGAGCGUGCCGGUGAUCUCUCCUGACGAGUUUGUCGCAGAGGUCGGUCCGGCGGACAUGUCCUUCGCGAAAGUCACGUCCCGCAAGAUGGAGUAAGCGGGAACCCCGAAGAAGCUGCGUCACGGAGGGCGACUGACUGGCACAAGACAGUAACCGAAAAAUGGAGAUGUAUACAAGCAAGACAACAGGGCACAGAAUAAAAGCCAGCUUGGUCAGUUUGAAGGUGUUCUGAAACUCCCGCGUGUGUGCUCCACGAUGUAAAAGCAACGGAGACCAGACCAGUGCCAACAUAAGGCUGUGUCUCAUUGAGUCAUUCCCUUUUGAGAAACUGAGGCCAUGUGUCGUGCUGGUGGAGCCAGACACCAGACACGAGAAGACAUGUGUCGUCCACUCCGUGUCUUGGAUCUUGAAGUAGAAAGUGUAGGGGACCCGUAAAUCGCCUGGUUGCUUGAAGGUGCAGCCAAAUAGGCCAGUUUGUCGAACAUAGGGCACCUGAGGGUUAGCGAAGACCAAACUCCCCCGCUCACCUACCGGUUGCUAGAGCCAACUGCAGAUUAUCGUGUGCAACGCUACCGCAAGGCCGGGUCUUGUGAAUGCCUGUUCUUAGGUCUGCAUACAUCGACCAAAGACUGUGUUGUGUGCAUGGUGUUUCGAAGCUAAGAUGCGUCCGGUUUCAUGUGAGGGGUAAUGGGGUGCUUUUGCGAAAGAAAAAGGGUGACACGCGUGAAGUAUUGGGUGUCGACGGGGUGUCCCUCGUCGAAUCGUGGCUUUUUUUAUGUUAUCACUCCCAGUUUUACGUUUCAUGUAGAUCGUUUAUUGUGUGUUCGAAGAUGUGAAGUAUGUUCUCAGGUGGCAACGAAGUGCUUCAAGUAUGAUUCGGUUAUGUUCCACGUAUGGUGUUCUCGUGCGGUUGUCGUCGUCGUCGUAAUUUUUUUGGCGUUAUUGACGUUGUUGGUGUUGAAGUUUGUAGUGGUGACCUUUGUGCUGUUUCAAAUACUUGAUCGACCGUGACCGGUACAAGUUGAAUAUCCAAGUACCUACGGAGAGGAAUCUCGCGACGUGAGUGUUCAAGGUGUACUGUAGUGUUUGGUACAUAGUGUUCAAGGUACUGUAUUGAUAUUGCGCUCCGUGGUAUCUCCACCAAGGAAAGGUGUCGUCCGCACCCUCCGAAAUUGUGGGCUGAUGCCCCCUUGAGGGAGAGCAGGAAAAGGGAUAUUGCCUACUGGGCUUUUUCGUGUAAAUGCAUAUGAGAGCGCCUUUGCUCCGGGCGUUAGGGGUGGGAACGCAAGUACGCUGAGGGUAGGGCGAGGUGUGUCUGUGUCCGGUGUGUGGUCUUGAGACCCACACGAUUGGGCAUGUUGCGCAGGAGCCGUCAUUCUCUUUUUCGUCCAGCGACAUUUUCGCAGGCUAAACACCACGUACAGUGGAUAUGUCUAGAUACGUGGGUAGACGUCUUUUUUCACCUCUCUGGGAUGGUCUCAGGUCAUGUUGUGUGUUCCUACGUGCGUGUUGAUCGACGUCGUGCGUGUAGCGAGCGUGUUAGCAUAGUCGUUCGGCGUGAGCCGGCGGAAACACAAGCGCCUGAGGCAGUCUAUUCUCAUUAUUGUCCUCAUGUUGUGCAAGCCCUAGGCUCUAGGCGGGAGGGCCGCCGAGUUGUUGUGGUUGGAACACAACCGAGUGAUCAUCGAUAGCGUGAAGGGCAACGCCACCAGGCUCAUCACCCGCCUCUGCCUGUCCGUGCCCAUGAAGCAUACGCUGGAAGACAGAGUGUGGAUGGACAGUCUACGCCCGAUACCACUUUUGGUGACCGAACCUUUGCGCGGAAGGGCGGUGCCUAGGCGAUAUCAUACGUUGGUAGCGCGUGGGACUGAGCCACUGUGGUAAGCAUUCCGCAGGUGCUCGCUGAAGACGCAAGAGAGUCUGCUCAGUUGUUGGGGUUUCGGAGUACGAAGCAACUUUGUGAGUGCAGUGACAGAACAGGGUCGUAGUUGAGAGACGUCAGCAUCGGGCAGAGGCCCAAUUCGAAUCAUUGGGUCGAAGGACCAUCCGAGUCGUCCAUUAUAGAAUGAAGUUCUUGGCUGUCGCAUCCUGUUGAUGCCUCACGUCUUUUGCUAGCUAAACACGGUACACCAAGCCUUC